AGUUAGCAAAGCUUCGUUCUCUCCCUCUCUCUCCCUCUCCCUCUCUCUCUCUCUCUCUCUUCCCCCCACCAACGGAGGGGGAGGAGGAGGGGGUUGCGAGUGCAUUGAGGUGCAGCCUGCCCUACCGCUUGCAGAAAGAUGCGAACUCAGGACAGCAGUAGCGCCCCGGAGGAGCCGCUGCGACUACCUGUGUGGCCCCGACAGUGGCUGCUGAGACCUGAGCUUCGAACCGCAGCCACCAUCACCAUGUGAACGCUUCGACUCCGGUUCGGUUCUACUCUCUCUGGCCCAUCAUUUUGAUGAGAAGCUGAUUAUUACUAUUAUUAUUCUCAUUAUUUAAAAACAAGAGGGGAAAAUUCGCCCCUUCAUCACUUUUUGGGGGGGGUUGUUUUGAUUUUCUUUCUCCUUUCCCCCCUUUUCCAUUUUUAACCCCAGCUCUUCUGGAGAUCACUUGGGUGGUGGUUUUCUCUGAAGAUCGAGGCAGCUCCAGAGCAAUACCAGAUCUAAUCAGCUUUACACAGACAAUGAUUCCAAAGACUAUGAGAUAAUUUCCGCUGGCCGAGCAAGAAGGCUCAUUGAGGCCUUACUACAGCCCUGGAAGGUACAAGAAACCAUACUACUAGUUGGUUCAUCAGUAAAAAUAAAUCUCUUGGAAGAGUGUUCCGUUAACAGCAAAAGGGAGAUUUGCACACUGGGAGCAAGAGCUGCACCACUUGCAACACCACAGAAGGAACCAGAAAAGAAGGGAAGUGGUGUCAUCAUGGAUAAAGAUAGCAUGACCUUGGCUGACCAGCAGUAUGAAUGUGUGGCUGAGAUUGGCGAAGGAGCCUAUGGGAAAGUGUUCAAAGCCCGGGACUUGAAGAAUGGAGGACGCUUUGUAGCACUCAAAAGAGUGCGAGUACAGACAAAUGAAGAGGGGAUGCCACUUUCCACCAUACGUGAGGUGGCUGUAUUGAAGCAUCUGGAAACCUUUGAACAUCCCAACGUGGUCAGGUUGUUUGAUGUAUGCACAGUGUCCCGAACAGAACGAGAGACGAAAUUAACACUGGUGUUCGAACAUAUUGACCAAGACUUAACCACUUACUUGAAUAAAGUUCCAGAUCCUGGAGUUCCUAGCGAAACUAUAAAGGACAUGAUGUUUCAGCUUCUACGUGGGCUCGAUUUUCUGCAUUCACACAGAGUGGUCCACCGUGAUCUGAAGCCACAGAACAUUCUAGUAACCAGCAGUGGGCAGAUAAAAUUAGCUGACUUCGGCCUUGCACGAAUCUACAGUUUUCAAAUGGCUCUUACCUCUGUGGUUGUCACUCUAUGGUACAGAGCUCCUGAAGUUUUGCUUCAGUCCAGUUAUGCAACACCAGUUGAUCUUUGGAGUGUUGGCUGUAUAUUUGCAGAAAUGUUCCGUCGAAAGGCGCUUUUUCGUGGAAACUCAGAUGUUGAUCAACUAGGAAAAAUCUUUGAUGUGAUUGGACUUCCUGAAGAAGAAGACUGGCCUAGUGAUGUGGCUCUCCCAAGGAAUGCUUUCACAUCUCGAACCCCACAGCCCAUUGAACUUUUUGUAACAGAUAUUGAUGAACUUGGCAAGGACCUGCUACUGAAAUGCUUGACAUUCAAUCCCAUAAAGAGGAUAUCAGCCUAUGAUGCCUUAUCUCACCCUUAUUUUCAUGAUCUGGAGAAAUGUAAGGAAAAUACAGACGCUGAUAUGUCAUCCAGUCAAAACUCUACUGAGAGGAAUACACCAUAGGGCUACAUCAAGCUUAACCUACAAAUGAACAAAACAGAGCUUGAUAAGUCACCUCCAUGGAUAAAAAACUUAGCUUUUCAGCUGAGGAGUGUUUUCUGGAGACUUCAUGUAUUGUCAUCUAUAUGCUUCUUCAAGAUGAUGAUCUCUUUGGGGAAGAAAACCUUCAUUAAAGCAAUGCAAGAGGCAAGGCUUCCAGUGAUCCCACUGUAGCUUGAUGUUUGUUUAGUUUAUCUGGAGAGCUCCAGGUGAAGAGAAGCUGCUGACCAGUUCCAUUUUCUUCUUCUAAUGUUGAACGGUGCCACCAUGGAUUAGAGUAAUCCAGUCUCACUACCAAAACGUGAUUUAACUGUUCUCUCUAGGUGCUGAAAUCUGAUUUGAAACUCCAUUGGAGUUACGGUGAUAGGGGUUUUUUGUUUUGUUUUGUUUUUUUGCUUGUUUACUUGCAUAAUCAUGAUUUCAGAAAAAAAAAUCUUUAAGCAAUAUUUAAGUGAAUGACAUUGAAAUACUGGACCUCUAUAGCCUGCACUUAAGAGAGAUGUGUACAAACACAUCUGGCUGUUGUAAUCAUACAGGAAUGUCCCUCCCCAGUAGGAAACUUAAGAUGAUAAUUACAGCAUUUCAUUGCUUUUCAUAGUAACUUGUGUCUUUGACUUUAAUGCACAAGGGUAUUAUUAAAGAGAUUGUGCACAUGUGGCCAAGGGAGAAGGUGGAUUUAAAAAAAUGUAGGGAUCACUUCUCCAGUUUGCUGAGGUUAUGACAGUCGUUAGCCAAUGUAUUUUCUUUAUUCCUCUCUCAUAGUACUCUUGUCUUCCUUUGGCAGUGAUAAUAUUUCAUACCUAUAUGAUGUUCAAUGCAAAAGGUUAACCAGAAUAAGAAUCAAUUGCUCCUUUGGGAUUGCUUCCUUAUUAUUGUCAAUGAAAAUUUGAGAUGCUUUUUUUUCCUGACUUGAGAGAUCAAAAAAUUGACUUAAUGCUGCAAUUCUGUACCACUUUCAUGGGAGUAAGCCCCACUGAACUGAGUGGAACUUACUUUUAAACAGAUGUGUAUAGGAUUACAUUGCAAGAGGUGGUCCUGUGUACUUUUUACUAGGUGUAAGUCACAUUAGACACAGUGGGUUGGAUCCAGAUUUACUCAUUCUAAAGACAGACCCAGAUGUAGGCACAUGCAAGUAGGCUGGUGAAGGUGGGCUUCUCUAGCCCCUUCCUCCCUGUGGCAGUCCCUCCAGCUCCUUGAAAAUGCCACAUAGAGGGUCAGGUAACCCUCCUGAGUGAGAUGAGCUGUGGCAUGACAGGAAUCCCUGAAACUUGGAAAGUGGCACAAUUUAAGUGGAGCCUUUCUAUCCACAGAAGGCAAGUCUCACAUCCAAGUACAUGAGAAUAAAUUAAGCCUCUUUGUGGGCUUAGGUAUGACUAAAUCUGGAUCCAGUCCAAUGAAACAUCUGAGUAAACAUGCAUAGGAUUGUACUGUAAGGGAGGCAUGCACUGUAAAAUGAAUCCAUCAUAAAACCUAUGUGUCCCGAGUGCACAACUCAUUCACAUCUCAGGUCAAUUCCGGAUCCUUCACAUUUCAUGUCAUUGAGCAGGGUUGUUGUUGUUGUUCAAUUUUUCUGUAUCAUAAAGUGUGCCAAGUGUUCUUGCGCACCACCACAUAGAUUGAUUGUUCCACUAUGCGUUCCCUUUCAAACGUGCUAUAACUGAAAGCCAGCUUUAAUCACUAAUUCACCUAGUUGCCUUCAUACAAAUACUUUUAACUAUUACAUAAAGUUUUGUAUAUAUUUUAGCUUAAGUAAAAAAAUAGAAUUUUUAAAAGAAAUUUUAUUUUUGUAGUAUGGUUUGAUGAGAUGUUUUUAAUUUACAAAUGAAAGAUGUACUCCUAGUCUGGUUGCACUCUAGUGACCCAGAGGAAUUCCUGCCAGGGAAAUCUGGUCUGCAGCUGCAAAAGAAAGAGGUACCCUUAGAAUGAAUUGAUAUACUGUUAGCACCCACAAUCAGCCUUGUUGUACUUACCCUUUAUUUAUCUUGUCUGUUUACUGAGCUCUAUUGGCCACACUCUUAUCCCCUGUACAUUCACCCAAGGAGACCCCCCCCCCAGUAUCUUGUGCCAUCCCCACACAGUGGCCUUGUGUAGUCCAGAGAGGGGAUGGAGGACCAUUGAUAUGUAAACGUUCAGUACUGCAAUGGACUGGCCUGUCCAGGAAGUGCUUUGCAUGCUACAUUUGGUGCUAAGCAUAGAGCAGGGAAUACAGAAAGCUUCCAUGUGAAUGCACUCUGAGCAUCAUGCAGCUAUACUCUCGCAGUGUCUCAGAGAGAUGGACUGAGGGCAAAGCAAUGCAUGGGAUUAAAUGUGUAGCUUCGUCUUGCAUGCUUAGUUAGUCUACUUUAAAUGAUGUCCAUAUGGAAACCAAGCCAGGAUUGGGACUAAGUCGAAAGACAGGUUGACUCUUCACUUCAGCAGUAGGAUCCUGGCUAUAAAUCACUCCUCUGCCCUGAGCUGCUAUUUGUGGCAGGAGUAACAGUGCCAUUGGCAUAAAGAGCCGCGUGACUCCUGAGAUCAGUAGCAGCUUUAGGGCAGGUGUUAAUUUGCAUCUGGGUCAUGUUGCAGGGUAAAGUGUAAACAGCCCUCAUCAUGGUUCUGAUCACUGCCUGAGCCCCGCCCCUUGCAGAUGCUAUCUAAAAUUGCAUUGCAUUGCAUUUUGCAUUUCUAUACUGUGCUAUAGCUCACAGGUACUGUACAAAUAGGCAAAAGCAGUGUUUAAUGGAUAUGUAUUUUAACUCUUAGGAUGCACAAUGGGACAAGUGGGAGAUGAACUGUCUCUGGAUCAGCUUUCUCCAAACGGAUGUCCCACAGAGGUAUUCUGCUGAAACUCCCCUCGUUCCUAGCCAGCAUGGCCACUCCCAUUAGAGCCCCAGUUUUGGGAAGACAGCUCCUGACUGUGAGCAGUCAUUAGGUGGUGUCCAAAUAGCAAUUUGUGUUCCAACAACAAUUCUCGGAAAUUCAUAGGAAAACUGCUGCCUCUUAUUUUUGUAUGUUGUGCUUAAGAUUUCUGGUGAAAUGGGCUUUUGAAAUACCCUGAAAAUGUGCAAAUUUCAUUCACCUAGAGCCCACUGUGGGACAGGAAAAAAACAUGAGUAGCCAUGAGCAACAGUAUCUCCGUGAUACUUACAGUCCCUUAAAAACUGUUGUGAUCUCUACAUAGCCCAGGUUAGCACUUUUCAGGACAUGCACUUAUUCUGCAGUCAAGUCACACCAGUAUGGAAAAGACCAUUGGUGCUAAAAGUGAAAAAAAUCUGAUGAAAGUUUCCUGUAAUUUAAAAGCAACUUCCAGAAACAACAUCCUCAUUGAGCUAUAUCCAAAUGGCUAUGCUAAUACUUAUUUCCACCCUAACCAACCCCAUGACAAGUGAUUUUCAGACAUUGCUAUUAUGAUCCAGAAUAAAUUUAUGAUGGCCAGGAACACUGUGAUGUUCUGAUUUGAGGUCAUGCAAGAAUGUGUUAUCUCCUAAGUCAUAAGUGCAGAUGCACUGUUGGAGUGUGCACUACUCUACAUGUUACAUGAUCACAGUCAUCCAGUCUCAGUUUUCUUCAGCAUUACCCUAGCUGCUGCCGGGUUUGAGAUCCAUUCAAGCUGCUCAUGAGAGGAUGAGGGAGAAAUCAUAGCUCAGUGGAAUGGCAUAGGCAUUGCAUGCAGAAGAUCCUGGGCUCAGUCCCUAAAAUCUCCAGUUUUAAAAAGGUGUGCAUAGCCAGUGAACCUUCCAGGAACCUUGAAGAGUUGCUUGCUAGUCAGAGUAGACAGCACUGGCUAAACAGACAAAUAGCAUAGCCUGUGCUCCUAUUGAAAGAAGCUACCUCCCCAGCUUCUCCACAUAGCCUGAUUACUGGCAAAUUACCUUGAAGAGCUUGCCAGCUUUCCCUAAUUUGGUGCCCUGCAGAGGUGAUGGCCUGCAACUGCCGUCAUUGCUAUCCAGUCCAGCACAUCUGGAAGGCAUAAUAUUGGGGGAGGCUGGUAACCAUCCAGCUGCUUAUCUUCUCAUUCUGAGCUGUCCUUUUUCAAAUGAUGAGGACCUUCAUUUGUUUGUGUUCCCCAAGCAUCUGCAAAGGAAAAUAAACAAUGUACCUCUAGGAAAUUCUCCACUUAACUUAUUUUAGCAUAGGCAUAGGAUUAUGAAUGCUUUAGGGGACAUAUACACAGGGGCCUCCCCUGCCUCCAAUUCAACGUCAGCCACAAUCCAGAGAGCCCCUCUAUAAACACAUGAGGGUUUGUAACAUCCAGGAGAGCUCUUGCCUUUUUCAUUUUGAGAACUGUUCUUUAUGCUGAAAAGGAUGCCUUUCUAAUGUUUGUGGGGUGGCUGUUGUCAAGCAGCUGUGAUAAAGGCAACUCGGAGACCAGCUGUACUCCUCAGAUGCCAAGGAGAAACUUUCUGAAAAAGAAGAUCCUUGACUGUGUAGGGCUUGCACCAAUAGGCCUGGCACACCAAUAUUCUUCCAUGAAUCAUGUGUUUAUUGCUAUGUGCCUAGCACUCUUGCAAUUGCCAUUGCCAUGUAGGUGGGACAAUCCUAUGAGGAUUGGCUAUGCUGCAGAAGCAAAUCAGAUAAUUGCGGAAUUUUUCCUUUUUUAUUUGUCUGCAUCUGUCUUUCCUGACUUCUUAAGCGGCCCAAGCAUGUAAUCACAGAUGCGCACCCUAGGAUAGCUCGCACUAAGCACUAGCAUUCUUGACCCUUUGCAAUACGAUCUUAAAGCUCAUUUCUUGCAUCUUGAAGUAUAGCUGCUGGGAACAGUAAAAUAGCAGAAACUGGUUGAAUUAUUUUCUGGUGUUUUUGACAAAAGUUACCAUGUAAGUUAUAUACUGUGCUACUUUCUCCUAUUUAUAUAAUUAGAUAAGCAUUUUAGAAUAAUGUUAUGUUGUAAAAACCACAGAUCUCUUGGCUGCUAGAAACUAUGUCAGCUUCAGUGUAUGGAAGGAUCUGAAAAUACACUGGCUGGGUUCGCAGGUCAUGAGAAGCCAUGGUGAUUUUUUACCCUUGUUGGUCUUGCCAUGUCAUCUGGAAGCAGUAGUGAUAUUCUGCAUGGUACCUUUCAUUUCCUGAAACCACAGACAGAAUUAAUAGACUGUUCUAAGGUGCCCACACUUCUGCAGUUGUACAAACCCAAGAUCUCCAUUUCACCAUUGUUGGUAUGAAAACACCAUACAGUCCUGUGAAAAGAGUCUGCCCAGUCAUCCAUUCUCUGCUACCCUCAGCUCCGUAACAACACAUGCUUCAUCAUCCACUUUAUUCAUCUGAGUGAUGUGCCUGUUUACUUUCAGAAACAGGGAGAAAACAGCCAAGUGCACAGAGGAAGAAGGGAAAGCACAGCAAAAGUAAUUUAAUUAAAAACUCCCUUGGGGAUUGGAGUGGCUAGGAAGCGUUUGAGAUGCAGGUACAGAGGAGAAAGAGGUCCAACCAGAGCUAGGAUGCUGAGAAUCAUAGGGAGUAAUAGUGUAAGGAAAGAGAUUACGCUUAUGGGGCUGCCAGGAUCCAUGAUUUGAGCAGGAGGAUGAAACGGAGAAUGUAGAAACUAUGUUGCCAUGUGAACCAUGCAAUCAUCUGACCGGUAAGUUCAGGCAAAAAUUCACGCACCAUGGAAACUGCACUGGGUUGUUUGCUGUGGCAUUGUGAAGUCAGCCAGUGUGUGACAUAGUUUUUGUAGAGAACAAUACCCUGAAAGCUUGCAGAUGUUAUCAUACAUUCUAUACAAAUUAUAAAAUCAGUUGUAAAUUACAUGUUACUUGAAAGGUGAGGAAUAUUAAUUGUGCUUCUUUUGUAAUCUGAAAAUUGGGAGAGGCAUAUGUUGUUUCUGGUAUGUGUGUACCUUCUGAAACUUUUUCUGUUCAGGUUGCUCUGUUGGUCUGAGGUUUGGAUGAAAUUUGCUGGAAUUUGUAGAAUUUGUAUUCUUGACCCUGCAUGCUAUGAGGAUAGAUUGACCAAAACUGGUAUCCUCCAGAUGAUUUAAGCUACCGCUCCCACCAUAGCUCACUGUUGACCAUGCUAACCAGGGCUGCUGGCAAUUCUGGUCCAAAACAUCUAGAAGGCACCGGGUGGGAAAAGCAGGAAUGUUUUGCAAUAAGCAAGAGCUGUACAACUACAAUAAAGGCAAGGUCAGAACUUCAGAGGGCACUGGGCCUCCUCCAGGGAAGUGAUGGCAUUCUUAGACUGCUACUGAAAUUAAUGGGGUCCUUUGCACAGACAAGGGAAUGAUGGAUACCCCAUCGCUUCUAUGUGCCAGUAUAGAAACCAAGCAGGCUUCCAGAGGAAGUAACCCCUUCCUGAGCUCCCUGCCCCUCUUCUACCAGCUUCCAGUAGGCUGUUAACAAAUUUGCAGGCUACUAAAGUCUGUGGGCUUAUUUACAAGGUUGCUUGCAUCCCCUUGUUUCUCUGCAUUGUGACCAGUAUUUCCAAUUCUAAUUGUUCUUAAUGUUAUUCUGUAUGGAGCCUCAAAAGAUAACAACAAACCAAUGGUAUGUGCUAAUCCAGGAAGACUUUUCAGCAGCUUCCCUACCAUCUAACUUUUUGAAUGGUUCCUGUCAAAAAGGCUUACCUUUAUUUCUUUAUUAUGAGUAGCUUUUGUCCAACCUGUUUUAUUUUUGUAAAGACUGUGGAAAGGCUAUUGUUAGGGUACACUCUCAUUGUAGAUUUUACUAGAACUUUAGCACAUGAAUACUAAAGUUUCACUUGAAACUGCAGUCAGAGGCGAUGUAAAUUGUCAAACUACAAUUUCAGCAACAGGUGUGGAGGUCUGCCACUUGGAUGAAAUUGUGCUGAACUGAAACAGUUCGGGAAGUUGCAAAAGGAAAUGGAUGCAGAUGGAUACAUUGGUGAUGUGAUGUGCCUUCAGGAUUGUCAGAACCUCGCCCAUUUGUUUUUCCUUUGAACUCACUCAUUACUGCAGCUGGGUUCCAGUCUUCUACAUAUAUAAACCAACACACUGAAGUCAACACCCCCUCUGAGUACUAUGGUUUGCUGGAUCAAGAUGUUCCUCACAUCAUCACAAAAGCUACUCUAUUAGUGUUUACAUUGUGGGUGACCUAAGUUCUGCAGUAAUUACAUAGCACAGAAUCUUUUGUAUGUCUUAUGAAGACCAGGCUGUAGAUAGCCAAGCAUAUGGUCAAAUGGUCAAAGUGUAAGUCCCAUCGCAAAGGGCUAGAGUUCUGAUACAGCACUGAGGAAGCUCCUACAGAAGACCUAGAGAUGGGAUAUAGAAAGCAGAACCACUAUGACAGCCUUCCCAAACUGGUGGCCUUUGGAGACAUUUGGACCACAACUCCCAGAAUUCUCAUCCAGCAGAGCCAUUGACUUCAAAUUCUGGGUGCUGUAAUCUGAAUAUGUCUGGAAGGCUGCACUCUGAUAAUUGUAGCAAGCAGAAGAUACAGGCAAGAGUCCAAACUAAUUAACUCUGAAGAAGGCUGGGCAGGAAUACAGUGGAUCAACAAGCAGGAAAAAAACCAACGAUUAUAAGGAAGCUGGGGGACUAGCACUCAGGGAGACCUAUGGGUAGAUGGGGUCUGAUUGACAAGUGCAAGCACCAAUGGGAAGGGGAGAGACAGUAGCUACAAAGCCUCAGAAGCAAAACCAGAAUCUGCCUUUGCCACAUUAAAAAACAUAGGCCUUAAUUGGACACAUUUAACUGGCUCAGUGUAAGAGACAAGCAAGUCAGGGUAGCUGCAAUAACAGGAUACCUAGAAGAAGCCAGGCCAACAAGGUGCAAUUAUUAUGUAAUAAAUGAUUUCUGAUGUAUUUCAAUUGUCUUCCUCAGGGGAAUUUAUUCAGAUGCUAGCUAGCUAGAAAUAGCCACUCUUGUCUGUUGCACACAUUUGGAAUUCCUUGUUCUGUUAAUCUUGACCAGAGAAGAGAAAGGAAAUGCCUUGUGCAUGCAUGUAUAUGAGAACUCUUGGAUCAAGGCCAUUGACCUGUACCUCAUUCGGUGGACUGUAUUUCCCAAAAACUAGACUAGUAAGUGUGGGAUCAUAUAUGGGGAAACCUCCAAGGUACUUGAUAGUUUUGUUCUGUUAAGUACAGAAAACUGUUGCUAACCAAAAUGAAUACAUGGAUGAUAAGGUUAUGGAGGAGUUUGAUGUCAGGAAGAAAAGAGGAAAGGAAAAAUUCUUGUAUCAGAGGUGUGAUACAAGUGUAUAAAAGGGGACAAAUGGGCACAUAUUGCUCAGACUGACAUUUAUGGAAGAUCUGGAUUGAGUAAUAAAAUUGUUUCUAUAGUAAUUCAGCUUUGAAAACUGAUCUGAGGACUUUAAAAGUAGGAAGGAAGGCUUUCAUAUCAACAAAAAAUGUACUCAUUUUUUCCUGUUUGGCAGCUGUGACAGCAUAAGAGCAUCCUAGAUGAAGUUGUGGAGAAGGGGAGGUGUUUUCUUUUUGAACUUACUGUAAUAUGCAAAUGGCAGCUAGCAAUGAUCCGUCCAGUUAGUGGGUUUGAACACUGCAGAAUUGCUUUUAUAAGACACUUUAAAUGAGCUAGUCCAAAACUUUUCAAGUCAACAUGACACAAACAAGCUGUCCCCUUUUAGGCAAUGAGACUUCCUUUGAAUUUGCAGGAUGGAUGUCCUAUUGCUGCUUAGAACCCUCAUGUUAACGAAAAUAUCUUUGCAGGCCAUGAUAAAGAGGAAAAUCUAUGUAGGAAAUGUUCUUUUUUCACAGACUAUUGCAGUACUAUAGUAUAUGGAAUGCAAGAGAAAAGUCCCACAUUCAGUCACUAGUACCUCCAGAGGAAAGACUCUCAGCUGGGCUGGGAAAAAGUCUGCCUGAGGCCCUGUAGAGUCAAUGCUUGUCAGAGCAAACUACCCAACCCUGGCUGCUCUGCAGCAUUAGGGGUCAGCUUCAUACAUUCCUUAAAAUAUGCUUUUUGUAGCUUUCUAGCUUUUUGCAGCUGAAAAUGAUAGUCCUGAAGAACAGCCAGAAUUUCUGGAGAGCAUCUUUGGCAACGGAAUCAAGAGCAAAGGAGGGAAAAGGCCUAGACUUCCAGGCUCUCCAAAGUCCUGUUAGCACAGAUGCUAUGCACCCAGUGCCCUUCCAGGCUGACAAUUUUACAAUACACCUCAGGGUUUGCCCUGGGAGUGCCCGGCUCCUGACCUCUAAUUUUAAAUGUUAUAAUUUAUUCAUACUUUUAAUCCAUGAGGAGCAUUUGCUUCUGGUUUUUUUAGGAAUAUUCCUUAUAUUCCAUCGCAUAUUUGUCAUGUCCUUCCCAAGGAGUUCUCAGUGCCAGCCGGUUUGCAUAUAUGACAGUUCCCACGCUGAGCCCAUCAACAAUUGCAUGAGGGUCACAGUCUCUCUCUGAAAUAAUUUCUGUUUAGUUGUUUGCUGUGGAGGGAUUGUUACAAAAUAUUUUUCCUCUCCUGCUAAUGAGGGUUAUAUUCAAGGCAUGAAUGAUGGGUGUAAGUCUGGGUUCAUUGUGUAAACACAGGUGCAGAAUUUGCCCUUCUGAGAAUCCUUAUAAGCAUUCAGUAAAUAUAAAGAACUAAAAUAAGGUUUCUUAGCUUCAAAGAUAUGUUUUAUAACUUGAAAAUCCAUAUCGUGUGGAAUAUUGUAUAUUCUCUCACCUCAAAAUAUGUUUAAUUUUUUGCAUGUGCUGUUGAAUAUUGUUGUUAUAACAUAUAGUUUUAUUUCCUCACAAGUUAAGAUUCUGUCAGUCCUAGGGCCUGAAAAUGCAAUUAUUCCUAAGUAGCAUACUUCUUAAUCUGCAGUUAAGCUAAGUUUAUUUUGGUUUAAAUUAUAGACCUAAGUACAAUUAUAGGGAUGUCUGUUUUAGUAUGAACUGAAGAAUUGAGCUCUACAGACUGGCCUUUCUGCACUGGCACCUGAAGAUGUGUGGAGCUCCACAUUCAUGGGGUUUCUCAUUCCCUUCUGUGAGCAAGGGAUUACUUUGCACACAACAAGGAAGUUUUGGUCAUGUAUGGAGCUUUUCAUGCAGGAGGAUGGGAAGACCCUGCACACAUAGGGCUUUGGAUGAUGGAUUGUGCCCCAAUUCCUUCGUGCUUUGAUAUUCAGAACUCCCAUGACAGUGAAUUUCUUCAUUUACUUGAACAGAUGGAAGCCUGGUGAGCUAUCCUUUUCAACUGAUUUGAGAUGCCCCCAUUGUUCCACAGCUUCUGUAUGUACACUGGGCUUUUUAUGUUUAAUUGUCAAGUAAAGGAAUGGUCCUGAAAAGCAUAUUACUUGAAAUGUUUUUCCUGGAGCAUUCCAACUUCCAUGACUAGAGUGUCACAACACACAGUUAUGCCUUUACAGAUGUUUGUGACAAGACUCCUAAAUACAGUCCCCACAAGUCAGCUGGUUUGGACUGUUAAGGGAGCAGAAAUUAUUCUCAAGUCAGUUAUCCUUGAGUAGGUUCAUUUUUAAGUGUUUUCAUCCCAGCUAACUUUGCUACAGGAUUCUUGUAUCACAAGUUUUUCAGUCUGAAGAUCCUGGUCCUUUGAAACCAAUGGGACUUACUUGGGGGUAAAUGUAUUUACAGUUGUAAGGAUGUUUUUGCAGUCUCAGGUUCCUGGUUAGCAACUGACUGAUCCAGUGAGGACACAUGGUUAGUAACAGCACUCAGACCCGACUGAUGAGCUCAACAUUUAUUGAAAAAAUUGACACUUAUAUACAAGUUGUUUAUUUGCAGUGUAAAUGAUGGUUAUUUUAAUUGAUUUGUGUUAACUUUUGACAAAAAUAGAUAUCACUCUCAGCAACUCAGAGUCAAGAUCUAGUGUAUGCAUUAGUGGCUUUAGGAAAAGUGUUACUAGCUGAAAGUGUAGAAGGUCUGUGCUUUUGCAGAAUUGUUUGCAUUUAAGAAAUGUACAGUUUAGGUAUGCAAGCUGCUAAUCUGAUUAGAGGGUCUAAAAAGUAGGCAGGAUAUAAAGUAAACUGUCUGAAUGAGCUGCAUAGUAUUACAUUUGCAUUUUGCAAGUAAAGAGACAAAGCUUAUUGGAUGUAGUAUCUUUUAGGUUUUAUUUUUGGAGUUUUAAAACAUGUAAACUUGAAAGAUUUUGGUAGGGUGAAAUGUAUGUGUAGAGAAAUAGAGUGGGAAGGGAUUGUGCAGGAAAUUAGAAGAGAUUGCUUGCUUUAUUUUCUGUUUUAUUUUUGUAGUAGUUGUCACUUGAAAUUAGUCUCAACGAUGGAUAUCUAAACCAAUCUCUCUGAUUUCUUGUCAUUAAAAUAAGUGUCAGUUUUGAUAACAUUGUAUGUAAUAAACAUUUGUGUGAUAAUUA